AUGGGCAGGGCCAGUAGCGCCAGGCCGCUUCGGAAACGGCAAACUACCCUAUCAUUUGCCCCUGUCAGUUCGUCACCUCCAGCUGGGGAACGAUCGCCAGCUCGUGUGCGAUAUCAGAAUGUUCACUCGGAAAAGUCAUCAUCAAGAGGGAAGACAUCUGUUUCUACAUCUCGUGAAACGCCAACAGAACAGUCUAUCUUCAUCUCGUCUGAUGAAGAGCCUAUUCGCCUUCCCUCCAGUGUUAAAGCAAGGACGAUAAAGCGAACAAACUCGGACAUCAAUAAAUCUAGCUCUGAGGAGAGUGAUGACAUUGUGUCGACAUCACCUGCGAAGCGUAGAAGAACCACUAUGCAGGUUGUUAUUCCUCAAGUGCCGGUAAUUAGCGAUCAGGCCACAAUAAAACGUCAUUCCGAAUCCGACUCUGAUAUUAUCUGCUCAUCCCCGCUAAGACGGAGGAAGGUGGCCGUACAGUGCAGAAUCAAAAGGGGCAAUGAUGAAAAAGAACCAAAGCCUAGUGGAAUUUCAAAGAAGAGUAGCAGCAAAUUGCGUCGGCGUGAUAUUGAUUUGGAGGAAGACCUUGAAAUACUUCAACCUUCAGACGUAAUCGAGACUCGGACAAGGGGUACACCGAGUAUGUCAACUGCCAAAGCACAACGGCAACGGCAACUAGAACUCCUUAAGCGUCGGCGUGCUGGGGAUAAGUCAAAAUUAACAGACACAAAAGAGAAACAUUUUACGGACCACGAUCCCGAUAGUUCGGACCGAUCUGAAGAUAGCGAGGAUUCUGAAGAUUCUUCAUCGUCGGAAGAUCUGCAAGCGGACAUCGAUAGCGAUGCUGAGCCUGCUCUUUCUGAAGAUCUCGACAAGUACGAUGCCGAUUUUGUCGAUGACGAAGGUGAAUUAGGGGUGCCGGCGGACGAGAUUGAGGUUCCAUUUGAAUUUACGAGACAUAGGUACAAAAGGCUUAAGGACCAUUUUAGGGAUGUUGUUGAAUGGAUGGUGCACAACAAGAUCAAUCCAGCCUUUCGUCGAGAUGAUACCGUUUAUAAAAUGGCAUUCAGAAAAGUGAAGGAUGAAGUGACUGGUUUGGCAGGCUCUCAGUUUAUAUCAUCUGUCUGGAAUAAGGGGUUUGUAGUCUCACUCAAAGCAAGGCCACGGAUAGUGGUUCUUCCCUACCCCAUUACAGAGGAUCAUCCCUGUGAUGCAUGCAACAGGUCAAAACAUCCAGCAUCUUAUGAUAUCCGAUUUGACGGCCCUCCAUAUAGCCUGGAGACACUGGAGCCUAUUCACGGAGAUGACAGUAGUGAAGAUCAGGACUCCGAUGCAGAGCGCGAAAAUGUCGACUGCGAGGGAAAUGUGAUACCCAACGAGGAUACACACUUUUAUCUUGGAAGGCAUUGCAAGUCAAAAGCAUCCAUGGCUCAUACUUUGAUUCAUUGGCGUUACCACCUCAACGAAUGGGUAAUUGGCUAUCUGGAGAGAAUAGGUAUUCUUGAAGACAGUGAAGUUCUGAAACGGGAGCAUUGGAGCCAGAAAAAACAUUCAAAAUAUGCCAACGAGGUUGUUGAUACGAUGGGAGAAGCGGGAGAGGUCGACCGACUAUGGAGAGAUUUCAACCUCAACCUGAAGACUGCACGAGCUGCAACGGUACAUUAUUCUUCCUUCAUUAGCUCUUUAUACGAUUGA